GGGAGGAGGGAGGGAGGGGUAACAGCCCAGCUCAAGGGAGAGAAAACACACACAAGGGUGAGAAAGCCUCUGCAUGCACACACUGAGAAGGACAGAAGAAGAGAAGCAAAAACAGAGAAGAACAUAUAGCAGAGAGAGAACAGAGGGGGAGGCGAGUGAGAGACAGAGGGAGAAAGACGAAAAGUGAGGGUCUGCUGGAUCAUGCCUCUGAGAGGGAAGGUGGCUCUGGUGACCGGGGGAGCUCAGGGCAUCGGGAGAGCCGUGGUUCAGUCCCUGCUGCAGAGCUCAGCCAAGGUGGCUGUGGUGGACCUGAACAAGACGUGUGGAGAGGAGAGCAAGGCACUGCUGGACGCCGAGUUCGGAGAGGGACACUGCCACUUCAUUCCCUGUGAUGUGUCCAAUGGAGAUGCACUGAGAGAGGCCUUCCAGAACACCGUGGAGCAGUUUGGCCGUCUGGACAUCGUUAUCAACAAUGCCGGCAUCAACAAUGAGAAGAACUGGGAGAAGACCAUACAAGUGAACCUGACCUCUGUGAUUAAAGGGACCUACUUGGCACUGGAACACAUGAGUAAAGAGUACGGCAAGGAAGGAGGCAUCAUCAUUAAUGUAUCCUCUAUGGCAGCCUUCCUGCACUCCCCUCACCAGCCUGUCUACACUGCAACUAAACAUGGAGUCAUCGGCUUCACUAGAGCUAUGGCGGACGCGUCCUCACAAGGCGAUUACGGCGUCCGGAUCAACGUUCUGUGCCCGGCCUUCGUGGACACUCCUCUGCUGCACUCAGUGGAACAUGAGGACAACAUGGGCAAGUUUGUCAAGUUCAAGGACGAUUUCAAACGAAGCAUGAGCAAGUUUGGAGUUUUACAGCCUUCUCUGAUCGCAGAGGGCAUGAUGAGGCUGAUCAUGGACUCCAGUCUGCAGGGGGCAGUGAUGAAGAUCACAUGCUCCAAGGGAAUCCACUUCCACACCUAUGAACCCAUGUCUGCCUGAGCCUAUACACACUGCCCCUGAUUGAAUGUGCUGACCUUCAUUUGGAUGUCCUUCCAUAUGUCACACUUCUGUCACAAUAUGCACAUAUUAUGUUCCAGCUUAUACAUUUGUCAGAAGACAGUUUUAGUGUGUAUGAAGACAACGGAGCAGCUGCUCUGUCUACAGAGGAUACUGCUCACUAAUGUGUUACUUCGAUUUUAUAUUGUGAAAUUGUAAUAAUGGCAAUCUGUUUGUAAUUUAUAUUUAUAUUACAGUAUGUGUCAUUAAUAAAUGAUAUAGGUGAAAUAUA